GGGGCUGAGCCCGCCCGGCCCCCGGGGCGGAGCCGGCGGGGAGCGCCCGGCGGAGCGGGGAGCGCGGCGGAGCGCGGCGGGUCCCGGCCCCGGCCCCGGCCCCGGCCCCGGCAUGAGCUUCCCGCGGCCCCUGCGCCGCUCCGUCAGCCUCAGCACGGCCCGCAGCCUGCGCCUCGUCGUGCUGGGGCAGAGCGCCGUGGGCAAGACAGCGUUGACCGUGAGAUUCAUCACCAGGAGAUUCAUUGGAGACUACGACCCGACCCUCGAAAUGAUUUACAGGCACAUGGCCGUCAUCGACGGGGAGAUGGUGCACUUUGAGAUCCUGGACACGGCAGGGCAGGAGGAGGAUUCCCUGCAGAUAGAGGAGAAGAUCAAGUGGGGCGAUGGCUUCGCGGUGGUCUACUCGGUGACGGACAGGUGCAGCUUCGACGAGGUGAUGCGGCUGUGUUUCCUCAUCAACCACAUCCACUCCAGCCCCAAGCGGAGCGGCGGGAGCGAGCAGCCCCCCGUGGUCAUCGUGGGCAACAAGAAGGACUUGCAGUUCGACAGGAUGGUGUCCACAGAGGACGGUGAAAACCUCUCCAAAGCCUUGAAGCUUCCUUUCUACGAGAUCUCCACCCGCGACAGCUAUGAAGAGACCGUGGCGGUGUUCAACACCCUCUACCAGGAGCUCAUGAGACAGGGGCAUUUCUCCCCGGGCUCCUUCAAGAGGAGGACAGUGUCGAAGCUGAUGGAGAAGAUUCCCAAGAUGCAAGCCAGCUCCACCUUGAACUCAGCAGGCCGGAGCCUCAGCUUUAACUCCUUCAGGGACUACAUCCCCGAGUGAGCGUCCCUGCUGCGGGGUCGAGAGGGAUGGCCCAGCCGGGACUGAGGGACGGGCCAUCCUGCUGCGACGGUGCCCGCGCUUCAGCCCCAGGCUUGAGGAGCAGCUCCUGGGGCUGUGCCAGCUCCCAGGAGGGGAAGGUUAAGAGGUGGGGAGGGUGGGAUUGGGGUCCAACAGCCUUCUAAAGCCCAUAGGCUUCUACACAUGGGCUUUGUGUCGGCAGGGAAGAUGUUCUUUGUCCACCUUACCCCUUUGCUCCCUCUUCCUCCUCCUGCACGGCUGAAGUCAGUAGUGAAGGUGGGUCGUGGUGACUUCAGUGGUGUUGGGUCAACCCCUGGGGGCUCAGAAGUGUUUCUGAGGGAUCCGACCCAGCAGAGACACGUACAUAUGGGUUUUCCCGCUCCCCUAAAAAGGCUUGCUGGGUCUGUUUGUGCCCUGAGACGUGCACCCGCAAUGCCGGGGUGACCCCCGAGGGUCGCGCUGGCUCCGGGGCUGUCGCCAGCCAUCCCUGUCCCGGGGAGGAUGGAUGUUGCUUUUCCUGCUCAGUGCUGCUGGUGGGUAAAAUCCCCUGGGCUGCUCAGAACCUUCCCCGCCUGGCCGGCUGCUCCGAGGGGGCGGUCGCUGCCCACAUCCCUCCCUCGGUGCCCCCAGACCCACCUGCCGCGUGGGUCGGUGGGUGGCGGGGGGCUGUGUCCCCCUCUGCCUCCGCUGUGGCCCUCCCCGAAGAGCCAGGCCAGCGGGUUCCCCCAUCCGCAGCCACCAGCGUCCGUCUGUCGGAGCCCGGGGCUGCGUUUUGUCCCGGUUUUCCCCUGGGUUUGUGAAGCGAAGCGGCUGCAGAGAGCGGGGCAGACCCCCGUGUCCCCCCGCCGGCUCCCACAGCCCUUCUCCCUCCCUGUCUGCCCACGGGCUGGCACCAAGGGCAUGGUUAAAAGCAAAACAGAGAUGUGUUUACAGUGUGGAGGGGGAAAAAAAAGCCUCUUAAUCCCUGGCUUUUCUGAAAAGCCAUUUUUUAACAUCUCGGGCUCCUCGGCGCGCUCUCCUUUAAUAACACUGUAAAUAAAGUCCCGGGCAAAGGGCAGCGACGGCAGCAGAUGUGGCUGCUCCAUCUCGGGCUGAAUCUCCAUGCCCGGUGCUUUGCUGGGGUGUCUGCCCCCGCCGAGUCUGACCCCUGUUUCGUGUCUCUGCCUGGGCUGGGGCAGCGUCCCCGUCUCCGGGGGGAGGCAAACGGAACAGACGGCCUUUCUCAUGCACACGGAAGCCUCCGGCGAAGAUCAGGCUUCUCCAGCCCAGAGGAACCGAGUUCCCAGGGCAGCCCCUUCCGUUAACUAACGCCUUUGCCCCGCGACUGCCGAGCGCAGGGCGAGCAAAACCCCUGGCUGGCAGUUUGCGGCAUGGAUGCAGCGGAGCCGAUACCGGGAGGUGGAAAGCAUCCUCCUUGCAGGGACACCCCCCCCACCCCCCACCUUGCCUGCUUAUUAAUUGCUCCGUCCCCAAGGGGAAAAUCGCCGUGGCCUGAGAAUUUGUCUCUUUGCAGAGCCGGGGCAGCAGAGGCGCGGGCAGGAGCAGGGCUCACAGCGAGCGGCAUCUUCUCCCCGCAGCAUCGUUUCUCCCCCUCCCUCCCGCUGCCGAGCGCUGUGCUGCCACUCGAGGUGACUGUGCUGGAAGACCUGCGGUGUCCCCCCGUGUCCCCCCCGUAGUGACCGGUCCCAUCGUCUGCUGCCGUGUCCUGUGACAAUAAAAGCCAAGUUAACA